AUGUCUUCUUCAUCAUCCUCUUCACCGUUUGCACCAUCGAAAAAUUCGGCGUUUUCGCCCUAUAACCAGUACACCAACAAGUCGAUUUGUAUCGUGCCCAAAGAGUGGAAAGAAUAUUCCAAGAAAAAUAUGGACACUGUGCUGCAGAGCAAACUCACCAGUCAUUGGAGCGACUACAAGAAAGUAGAAGGUGCUGUCGUCCAAAUUGGCGAUGUAGCUGCCAAGCUGGAGUAUCAUGACAAUCGCAUAUGGAUGAAACGUUACGGUGACCAGAGAAGCAAACCCCAUCCUGGAGAAUACGUCCUUACUCACGUCCAAAAAUACGGCUCGCAGCAAAAGUAG